UUGCCCAUCUUAGAACCCUGAUACUGGCCCCGCCAGCUUCAUUCUCCUUUUCCAGGACUCCGCCCAAGAAAGGGAAAGGGGGUGCCCUAAUCGCCGGCGGCGAAGGCGAGCGGCGCAUCCCGGCUCCUCGCCGGUGAGCAGGAUAAGAUGGACCUCACAUCCCAGGGUCAGAAAACACAGCAACAAAAACCAAAUGGCAGAAGAGCGGUUGGUAGCUCGCAAACAUGGACACGAUAUGGUGUUCUGCUACCAAGCCAGCAGACACGGAAACUAAAAGAAUGGGUUCUAACUGAUGAGCAACAACAACUAGUCAAUGCUAGUGGUCUUGGUCAUCUUGCUCUUACAACAGGAUUUACCAUUGACCGUUCCUUGCUUACAGCCUUUUGUGAGAGAUGGAACAAUGAAACAAAUACUGCACAUUUCAUGGGAUUUGAAAUGGCUCCGUCACUCCGUGAUGUUUCAUACAUUCUUGGAAUUCCAGUGACUGGUCAUGUGGUGACAUCAGAGCCCAUUGGUGAUGAAGCUGUGAAUCGCAUGUGCUUGCAUUACUUAGGAGAGAGCCCUGGAAGCGGAGAGCAACUAUGUGGCUUGAUCAGAUUGACUUGGUUGUGCAGGAAAUUCCACCAACUGCCUGAAAACCCCACCAUCAAUGACAUUGCAUUUAGCACCCGAGCGUACCUUCUAUAUUUGGUUGGCUCCACCUUGUUUCCUGACACGAUGAGGGGCUUUGUAUCCCCGAGAUAUCUACCACUUUUGGGGGAUUUUAGGAAGAUACAUGAGUAUGCUUGGGGGGCUGCAGCCCUUGCUCAUUUGUACAGAGGAUUGUCUGUUGCAGUAACACCAAAUGCCACUACCCAGUUUCUUGGCAGUGCAACUUUACUCAUGGCUUGGAUUUAUGAGUAUCUUCCUUUAACUCAACCCCAACAAAAGAAUCAGAACACCUUGCUGCCCCGGGCAUGCCGAUGGAACUUUGGAGGAGCAACACGUGGGCAGAGAAAGAAAGUCAUGGAAUGGAGAAAGGAUUUUGAGCACCUUCAGUUGUCUGAUGUCAACUGGAAUCCUUACAAGGAUAUAAACCCAGCAAUCGUUCCAGGAUAUUGUGUUGCAGCAGAUAACAUUUGCUACUCCCGGACAUGGCUAAUCAGCUUUAACAUAAAAGAGGUGUACGUACCUGACCGAUUUUCUAGGCAGUUUGGGAGGGAGCAGGGUCGUCUCCAUCAGGUGCCAUUGUGGGCAAGAAGAACUUGGAGCAAAGCGAAGGACUGGAGGGUUGAGUAUGCUCGUGAGAUUGAGGAAUUCCAUCAAUUGGUUGGUUGUCGUUUCAUGCCUUCUGUAGAAACUAAUAUCAACUCCCUCCCGAAUGAGUUCGGACAGAGUACUACAGGGGGCAGCCGGAAUGCCUCUCAGUCUCAGAACUUCUCUAUGAUGGUUGAAGAUUUAAAAAAUGAUCUUCCUGUAAUUAAUCGCUAUCUGGAGGGACAGGUACUCCCUCCAGAGGUUGCAAGCUUCCUAGAGAAAGUGAGCACGAUGAUCAAAACUUACUCCCCAGCACAGAGCAGUCCAAGGGAAGAUGAAGCAGCCCAGUGCAAGAAUGUAGCUGCCAGAGCAAAUAACUCAAGAAAAAGGGCAAGAAAACCUUCACACCUUGAAGAUCCUUUAAGCCCAGAGGAUUCCGGUGUAAACCAGUAUCAAGGUGCGCUGGUACCUUAUGAGGCUAGUAGCAGAUUUGCCAGUGUGCUGGAUGGGGAUGGCACUGUCCCUCCGCCAAACGGAAGGGAAUCGUUCAAGGAACAUGAGAUCAUGGAGCCAUGGCAAAUCUCGCAUAUGACAACAGAGUCCUCUUCCUCUCCAGACUCGAGCUCGCCGGGAUCAACGGAGUGGAGGCGGCAACAACCUGAUGAAGCUCCAACCCGGAGGAGCAAUGAGAGCCUCCGAAGGAGCAGAAGGCACUGUGUGCAGCUCAAAAUGUUCAAGCACGUGGACGGGGUGGGUGCCGAGGAAACCAACCCAAUCUUCCUCUGAUGGAGACCGGCAUUCCCCGGUCAGUCUUGGCAUUGUACAAAGUAGUGGACAACCGGGCCUGUUCUGAGGCUGCCGUGGACGGUUAGCUGUUUUAUGUAGGAUUGCAGACAUCUGCUCGUAGCGGGUCAAAACCUAGCCUUGCGCAGUUUGCAUAGCUUAUCUAUUCUCGUGUCGUGUGGCUUUGGAUGCCACAACCUUGUUGCGGUAUGCAUGCACUAGACUAGAUGUGAUACCCUCUCAAGUUCAUCUAAGCUAUUGCAGAUGCGCUCAAGCGCAGUCAGUGUA